UUUUUUUUCCUCUCUCUCUCUCUUCUAUUCGUAUUGCUACUUCUGCUCUUGAGUGUAAAUAUUGCUUGAAAUUGUUAGUGUCAACUUAGGGUUAUGGCCCCUAGAUCUAUGUGCUUUUGAUGAUUCGGUGCUUGUGAUGUGUUUUCGAUAUUGGAUACACGAUAAUUAGUGAGUGCUAAACUUCAGGACAUUUUUGUGCAGGACAUUGUUUUUCGUGCAUAAAUAGGACUUUCUUACAUAGGAUACUUUUUGGUUAAAGUGUGUGUGUAUAUGGAUCUAUAGAUUGAUUUAAUCGGAUUUCACUUAAACACACACAAACGCGUGCAGAUACAAGAAUUAUUUACUUUUAAAACAAAAGUGUUUGUUCACUUAAACACACACAAACGCGUGCAGAUACAAGAAUUAUUUACUUUUAAAACAAAAGUGUUUGUAGUGCGCUACGUCUGUAGUAGUGGUUUCGUAUUUAGAACUACGUAUAGAGUAUUUUCUUGGUGUUUUUGUUACUGCUAAAAAAAAAAAAGAAAAAAACAAACAAUUUUGUGUGAGACUUGAGUUUUCAACUUUUGCACAUUCGUGAACUUUCGACACUCGGAUUAACCGGGGGCAGAAGGCAAAGGCUAAAAGGGAUUACCUUGACAAAAUGAAGAUGAGAGAUGCAACUCACUUGGCCGCCAUGUUGGGAGAUAACUCGAAGUAACUCAGCAGACUAUUACGUCCCUUGCGUGGCCUGGAAAAUUCGCAAGAAGAGAAAUUCCCGUCACGUGAUCUCGAGAUUGGUCAGCCAUUAGCGAGUAUACGACUCCGCCUGUUGUGUCCAUCGCAGUCGCCAUGGACGACAGGGGCUGCAACUCUGUGACUGACUUAAGGAUAACUCGAACAAUUCAAUUACCGAGGUGAAAGUGUCUAGCUGUGGUCAUAGCUUUCAUUUUUAAAAAAAUAUAUUUCAUUUAACAUCAGUGUGGAAAUAAAAUAGGUUGUAAAUAGUACAGAAUCUAGGUUUUUAUUUUUACAUUCUUCAAAGUUUCUGCAGAAGUAUGAAUUCGAGGCCAUAUUUCAGAAGGUUUCACAGAAGGUUUCACUAAAGAUCUAUUUUGGCUUCGCUCACUUUCUUUGGAUAGUGAGCUUUACGAUCAACUGUUGUUUGUUUUUUUUUUUACUUUCUGUGAUACUGGACACGCACAAGGAAGAACAAUGUCGUCUUCGUUAUUGUUUACAUUCGUUGCUAUGGUGACGCUCCUCGCGCGACCAAUCUCCUCGCAGGGAUGGAUAUUUCAACCAAUCGGAGAAGGCUGGCAGUCAGACGGUCCUGUGGAGUUUGAUGAGGAAUUAGCGGAUUAUCGUUUCGUCGGCUAUCAAACAAUGUUACAGACUGGUCACUUCUUUCAAGAUCCAAGUCUGGUCAGUUACGUCCAGCUUGAAGUGGACGAAGAGUCCGACAACAAUCAACUGUUGGUUGGUGGCAUGAACAAGCUGUUUCGGUUGGACCUAGACAACUUUACAUUAUUAGAGACAGCCGACUGGUAUUCACCAGCAGAUAAACAAGACUACUGCAACAUUGUCUACAACCCGGCUGACUGCCACAAUUACAUACGGGUUCUUUUGUUACAAAACUCGUACGUUUUUGCUUGUGGUACCAACUCUUAUAGCCCAAUGUGUCAAUGGAGACUGGCCAACAAUCUGUCUGUGGUGCUAAAUUCAACAGAUUCCAGGGGCCUGUGUCCCUACAGCCCGUCCUACAAUGCCACGGCCAUCAUUUCCAAUGAUGGUGACCUCUACACAGCCACCGUGUUUGACACUUACGGUAGAGAUCCAUUGAUAAUUAGGUCGGCAGGUUCCUCUGUUAGUCUCAGGACAAUGAAGCAUGAUUCACACUGGUUGAAUGAUCCAAGUUUUGUUUCUGCUUUUGAGAUGGAUAACUUUGUUUACUUUGUGUUCCGAGAGACUGCAGUGGAAUACAUCAACUGUGGAAAGAAAGUCUAUUCAAGAGUUGCAAGAGUUUGUAAGAAUGAUGAGGGAGGUCAGUACAGACUUGCUGGCAUCUGGACAAGUUUCAGUAAGGCCAGGAUCAACUGUUCUCUGCCUGGGGAGUAUCCAUUCUACUUCGAUGAAGUGCAGUCCACAUUCUUAUCACAAGAUGAGAAACUCAUAUAUGCUGUGUUCACCACUCCACCAAACAGCAUGGCAGGCUCAGCAGUAUGUGUGUAUGACUACGAGUCCUUGAAACAUGCCUUCAAUGGACCAUUCAAACACAAAGAGAAUCUGAACAGCGCUUGGCUGAAGAAAGAGAACACCAAUAAAAAGAAGUGUGAAAGUAAUCGUAGUCACAGAUCGUCUGAUAAACUAAAGGAUUUGGUCACUUCUACCCAAGAGCUACUAAUGGACAGAGCUGUCAUGCCCAGAGAGCUUGGUCCCCUCAUUAUGAGAGAAAAUGAAAGGUGGAGUAAAAUCGUAGUUGACCAUGUCAUAGCCAAGACUGGCUCUCAUGAUGUCAUCUUCCUGUCCACUGAUGACGGCAAGAUUAGAAAAAUGAUGCGGCACCCGACUGGGAAGUCCACUUGUCUGAUUGAGGAGAUCAAAAUAGUGCCCAAUGGUCACCCCAAGCCAGUACAAAACAUGAAGAUCUCCACAGAACAGGGUGCCAUCUUUGUGGCUGUUGAAGGAAGUGUCUAUAGAAUUCCAUUCCAGCGAUGUGGCAGGUUUACGUCAAGCGCCGCCUGCAUCAAUGCCCAAGAUCCUUACUGCGGCUGGAACCAGAAGACCAACACUUGCUCCCCAGCACCAGGUGGUAAUGUCCAUGACAAAUCCUGGGAACAGAACCUUGUCCAGUGUCCCAUCUUAAUUUACAAAGUGGAUGGAGGCUGGUCAGAUUGGUCAGAGUGGAGCAGCUGCCCCUAUGCAGGGGAGAAGAAAGAUAUUGACAGAUGCCAGUGCAGAUCAAGAACAUGCAGCAAACCAGCCCCUUCCCUCAAUGGCCGACCAUGUUCUGGGUCCAGCAUACAAAUUGUAAACUGUACAGUUCACGGUGAUUGGACAGCUUGGUCAUCAUGGUCAGCCUGUUCCCAGACUUGUGGCUUUGCAGUCAGGAAGCGAACCAGGCAGUGUGGUAACCCAGCCCCAAAGUUUGGUGGUCGCUCUUGCCAUGGGACAAACACAGAGGAGAGUUACUGUAGCAAUCACCCAGAGUGUCCAGUUAUUCCAAUCCAUGGUGCCUGGUCAGACUGGGCUGGGUGGAGUACCUGCACAUCCAACUGUAAUGGUGGGCUACAGACCAGGAAGCGAGCUUGUGAUCAGCCAUUACCCAUGAAAGGGGGCAUGCCUUGCACUGGGAAUAGAGAGGAAUGGAGGAUGUGUAACACCCAGACCUGUGCUGAAAUAUCCAAACUUUCACCUUGGACUGAAUGGGUACAGACCAACAGAACUAAGGGUGGCUAUUUCCAGGAGCGCUUCCGCUUCUACUGCCGAGCUAAUGUUCAGUCUAGCAAGGAUAUAAAGACUAGUUCAGCUGAUAGUCAGGCCCAGUUCUGCUUUAAAAAUGACAAUUCCUGCUUCAAGCCUCAGGAGGCCCCACACCCCACCAUCAGCCUGGAGGUGGGCUCCAACUGGGAGCGCUUCAUCAAGUCAGUAUGCGCACCCCGGCGGAAGCUGUUCAAAAAAUACUGCAACUGUCGAACCCUCGGCGUGUUCCUGGUGUGUCAGAAGUGUGGCUAUGGGUGACUAGCACCCAGCUACUGGGACGUACUGCUAGACUACCUGACUGCUCUUCCAGACUAUUUUUGGCAGGAGAAGAACGAGUUGGACCACGUCGUCUCCAAAGAUAAUAAGACCACCAGAAAGAGGUCUUCCCGACGGGUCAAAAAAUCACGAGGUUGACAUAGAAUCUCCUGGUUUUUCUUUUUUCUCUCAAGCCAUAUACAUUUACGAAGUUGUCUGCGAGGUUCUCAACAGAGGGAGACUAUCCAUUUUUGUUGUAUUGCAAAGCUGUGCAGAUUGACGCUUAGUUGUUUAAAUUGUUUCCUGUUGGCUUAUACACUCACACAAACACGAAUCAAAUAUAUUGUUUACAAAUUUAAAACAAACCAUAUUUUUAUAUAAGCAUAUUUACUGACAAUUACAAAGAAAAAGUUAUUUCUUCAGCAUUCUGAUGUUGAUAUUAUAUAUUUAUUACAAAUGUGAUAAUUCUUUUGUCUUCUUUGAGUCUUCACCGUAUCAGCUAAAUAUUGAGGCUAAGUUAUCAGCCUUCACUUGUUCUGCAUUAGAACUCUACAAAUAUAAGAACUCAGCCUAUGUCCCAUUUACAAAACCUACACGUUGUGUAUUCACUCUCAGUUAGCAGUGACUACCAAGCUGAUUAUACAUCUGAUAUUAAAGAAAGAAAGUGUGUGUAGUACCGCUCAAACUGUUAGUGUAAGUUUUUUAAAAAGAGUUUUACAAUUGCAGCAUAUAUGUUUGAAUGAAGGGGCUGAGAAUUUUCAAUAUUUAAAGAACUAAUUAUUGUAAAAGCAAGCAUAGGGUACAUUUUAUUAAUUAUACGUCUUCCAGUUACCAUUAUCUUCUUUUAUUAAUUACGGAUGUUCCUUCAAAUGAGAAGAUAAUUAUAAUUAUUAAUACAAUUAUGUCCUACGCAUAUCCUUAUCCAUUACUAGAGCGAACUAGUAACCCCUUGGUUCUUAUAAUUCAGUUGUUUCAUCAACUUUGUAACUUUGAAGAUGAAGAGUUUCAUUUGCCGGAAAAUAUUCCUGUUGACCUCCGCCAUGCCCAGAGCAGUGGACGUGAAAAAAUGUUCUCACACUAAUGAAACAUUAGCUGGGGAAGAUAACUCCAUGCUGAGUUUUGUGUCUCUAGAGCCUCGUGUAAAGAUCAAACUGCGUCUUGAUGUUGGAACUGUCUAUUUCAUCAGACAAGCAAAACUUUUUUUUUCUUGUACGGGCUAGAUGUGUAUAAUGUUAGUAAUAUUAUAGAUUUUAAGAUCUGGUGUAAUCUGUAUAUUAUAAUAUUAUAUGUCAGUGCACGACACAAUGUAGAAACAAAAGUUCUUGUUCAGUGCAGGGUUUGUCAUACAAUUACUUAUUAAGACUUUAUAUUUCACUUGUAGCCCUAUACUCAAUUUGCCUGUACUUCCUUAACAUACAUGAGUUGUUUCCCUUAGAGUAGUAACAACUCUUAUUGACCUUAUAUACAUGAGUUGUUUCCCUUAGAGUAGUAACAACUCUUAUGGAGGAGCUUUCAUCCCCCACCCCCCUAGCUGGUUCAACAAUUGCUGCAUUUUUUUUUUUUUUAGAAAGAGAAUGUUUUAAUUUCGACUCGUUUAAAACUAUCAUUCUGCUUAGCCACGUUUUCAUGUCAUUGUAUUUCUUUUUAUACCCAACUCUGAUGGGUUUCUGACUUUUCAUUUCAGUCAACAUUUAUUUGCAUUAUGGGUAAAACGAAUCCUUUGUCUCGCGCUCAACAGCUUUGCAAUAUCGGGGUAGAUUUUUUUGACUCCCGGCCUCGUCAGUCUAAGUUUGAUAUAAGAGCAGAUGUCUUCGCAGUGUCACUACUGACGUCUCGGUAGCUUAAUACAAUGAGUGCAACCUUCUGUUUGUACUUGGUUGUACAUACAUAGAUAACAUUAUUUACAAAGCCUAUAUUUUGUUCUGUUUCUUUGGUUACUGUAACUUUGGUAACUUUCUUUGGUUACAGUUUCUUUGGUUACUGUUACUUUGGUAAUUGUUACUUUGGAUACAGUUUCUUUGGUUACUGUAACUUUGGUAACUUUCUUUGGUUACAGUUUCUUUGGUUACUGUUACUUUGGUAAUUGUUACUUUGGAUACAGUUUCUUUGGUUACUGUAACUUUGGUAACUUUCUUUGGUUACAGUUUCUUUGGUUACUGUUACUUUGGUAAUAGUAUGAUCAAAAGUAAAUAUUUUAAAUGGUUUUUGUUCAAUUAUAAAUCUUUUUUUUAUGGUAACAAAUAUUUUUAUUUUAAAUAUUGUAAUUAUAGUUCUGUUCAUGUAAUGACUUGGCCAGAUCUAAUCCAUAUCUUGUGUGUGAUCUACCAGAGAGUGAUUGCACUGAGGAAUGUUGUCCUGCCUGCUUGGCGGCCUGCUUGAUUAAUUUAUUUAUUACAGAGGCUUCAUGAGAGAGUGUAUGUGCAGCAGAUGUGUGUGUGUGUGUGUUCAGUUGUAAAGCCACAAGAUUUAGAUGUACGUGCUCUGAUCCAUGAUAUGCGUUAGCUAUUUAUUAAAUGAAUGCUUCCUUUUGUAAUGUUCAGAAAAAACAAACAACAUAAGGCUUUUUUUUAACUCUUUCUCUCCUAACUGACGAUACCUGCGUUGAUUCCGCCAGAAUGUUGGUAAAUAAUUACGGAGAGAAAGAGUUAAAUCUCCUUUUGUUUCCCUUUGUAUAAGUUCCUAUUGAGACAUUGUUAGUGGUAAUGUUGAAGCUCUACUUGUCUUAUUAAAUCAUUUUUUCUGGGUUUUUUAAAUUAGUUAUUGAAAGGUCAUUCUUCCAGACGAAAUAGCAAGUCAGCUUCAUGUUAAAUCAUUAGAAAGAUUGUAUCUGUGUGCAGGUGUAGGCUUUCAUCUUUUAUAAAGGAAUAAAGUUCAUACGGUUCACAGUAUUCUCAAAACCUGAAAGUGUUUGGAAAAUGAGCAUAACAACUUUCAAGUAUUCAACCUAUUUUUUUUUUCUUUCCGAAAUAGCAUAUUGCAUUAAAACCUAGACCAUUUGUCAUAUUUGGCCUGAAUACUGACCUGUGACAUGGCAACCUAUGGAUGAACUGACCUGUGACAUGGCAACUAGAGAUAGAAUUUCCAUUACUCACAGGUUGCAACGUCCCAGGUCAGUAUUGAGGCCUACUUUGAUGAUUGGUUUAGGUUAAACCCCUCUCCCCCACCUCCACCCCAAAGAAUAAGGAAACUAAAUAUUUCAAAUGCUUACUUUUAUGAGUUAUAAUGUAGGAAAAUUUAGAGACAGGAUUUCAAAAUUUUACAUACUGUUUGCUAAGACUUAACAAUACAAUAUACAUAAAUUAUGUUUACAUAUACAUAUAUACAGGUAUUAACUUAUUUAGAGCUGAUAAAACUCUAUGAAACUUGUUUUAAAAUUAUUAUUUUUAUCAGUUUCAUGUUUAUCUCUUUUUAGUACAUUUACUAUUUAUGGCUGAUAAUAAUAAUUUUCAUAAAUAUUUACAUCAAGAAAAGCUCAAAUAUAAAACUUAGGUCUUUGUGCAUUCAUUGUGUGUACAAUCAUCAUCACAUUACUCUAAGGCAAUAUAUAGUUUGUAUAGUGUCCUUGUCACUAGCCUAUAUAUGUGUGUAUAUAUAUGGGGGUUGUAAAGUAUUAUAUCUCUGACAUUGUAUUAUAACGUUGACCUCAUAUUUUAUUUCAGGUGUACGCUUAUACGUUUUAUUGUCAUUUUCUGACUUUUAUAUUUAGUUAAUUGAAUUCGACUUAAAACACUAGCAGACAAAACAAAAAAUAUCUUUUAACAAUACAAAUUUGUGCUACUGAAAUUUCUAGACUGAAACAUAAGUAUUUAAGUUUUUUAUUUUUGGACUCAAUAGUUAUAUUAUUUUAUCAAAGCAUGAUGACAAACGAUUUUUUGUAUGGAGAGAUUUUAUUUUUGAUCAACUAGCCGUGUCAUUGGUAAACUCCAGAGAUCACAACGCAUCAAAUCUGCCAGUGUUCAAGACAUUUCAUUCUUCAGUUGGCAUGUAUCAUGUGACCUGCAUCCCAUAGAUUGUAUCAUGUGACCUGCAUCCCAUAGAUUGUAUCAUGUGACCUGCAUCCCAUAGAUUGUAUCAUGUGACCUGCAUCACAUGACUAGCAUCAUGUGACCUGCAUCACAUGACUAGCAUCCUGUGCUAAAGUGUAAAUAUUUAAAUAGCUAGCUCUUGGUAUUAUAAGACUCCAUUGUAUAGAGAGCUCUUCUUUUCUCAGCCAACCCCUAUGUUAUUUGUUUUUGGUAAUGAGAGUUGAUGGUAUAUUAUGUACACAGGUUUUUUGUUCACAAGUAAUUUGUACCACACAUUUAUUUUGAUCUGUUCACCCACUUGGUGUAUUUCUUGUCCUUGGCAUAGGGUCAUUGAUGACACUGGUAUCAGAAUUAGUUCACACAAGAACUAAUUCUUGUCUGAUGUUUUUGAACUGCUACAUAAAAUCCUCAUUUGCAGUAGAACUUGUUGGCCGACAAUUUUUAAGGCAUAGAAGUUAAUAAUUUAUUUGUAUGUUGUAAUUGAGAAACAAUUAGCCUGUAUACACACAGUGUGUGGAUGUAAUCAAAAUUCUCUAGUAACAUGUUUUAUGUACUUUUGAUAAUUGUAAGGGUAUAAACUGCUGUAUAUAAUGAUUCUAUCAUGGUUGUAUAGUACUUACUCUAUGUUAGAUUGGCUUGCAAGAAACAUAUAGAAAAAUGGUUUGUUGUUAAUUAUUUGUUUAAAGUAAAAAAAAUUUCUAUACUUAAAUUAGAUUGUCAUAUAAAUGAAUAGAAAAUAUUUUAAUUUCGAAUCGCUUGAGAUAAAGGACUUCUUAAUGUAUUUUAUUUAAUGUGGUUGAGAAAGGGGAAGUUUAUAGGUUAAUGUUUGAAUGCUAUUGCUCAUUGAUUUGACUGGGGUUUUAUGGGUUCUUUUUGUUAAACAUUCAGUGUGGGUUUUUUUUUUAAUAAGAGAUCCUCUCAAUGCUGUGUGCAAAUUUUGAAUAUUUUAUGUUAAAAUAAUUAGCAAAAUAUUAAGUUUUUUAUUAAUAUUUUUAAUAUGUAGGCAUCUGUAUUGGUUAGUAUAUUGUUUCUUAAGAGUUGGACAUUUUGUUACUAUAUUUCAUUAUUAUAACAAUCAAAAUGGCACUGAGCAUAAUUUUAUUUGGUUACUUGGCAACAAAUUAUAUUCAUCUACUGGUUAAAACUUAAACCACAUUUUUUUUUUCACCUCUACCUACAUAAUGUUUUAUUGUCUGAUAAUAAAGAAAGUUGAUCAACUGAUCAGAGCUCAGCACUUCCUGUUUGGACUGAAGACUGGAGAAUACUAAACACUUGAGUUUUGGUACAUUUAUCAUUGGUGUUGCUGUGUAGGACUUAGCUUGCUAGCUCUCAGAUUAUUUUAUAUGGUCAUGCUAGUAAUACGACUUAUUGUUCAAUUGCAAUCUGAACAACUUAAAACUAACAAUGGUGUAGUCUUUCAAAGUGAUAUCAUGAGAAGAAAUAAAUACUACUAUAGAAUGGUAAAUGGAAUAGUUGAAGGAAUGAACACAAUUAUUCAUAUAUGUCUUUCUCUUCUUUUUCUUUAAGACAGGGGAUUUAAAAUGGAGUCUGUGGUGCAUCAGGCAACAAAACAUUGGGAAAGUAUUGAUCCAUUGUGUAAUAUAAAAAUAAUUUGUGUCCAUUUUUAGCAUUGGAGAAUCCAAUUUCUGAGCUCAGAAAUUUAUAGCACAAAAUAAUGUCUAUCCUAUAGUUGGUAACAGUGAUCUCUCAAUUCAGGUUCUUGAUUUUCUAUUUAUUUGAAACUCUCAUUCAAUCUUACACUCUCUUACUGAAUUUAUGAUUUCAUCCCCACAUUUCUCUAUAUCCCUUUCUCUUCUUUUUCUCUCUUACAGUAGUUUGUUGCUUACAGAACAUAAAUGGGAUCUUUAAAAUCAAAGUGUAAAACAAAGAGAAGAUAACUGAUAUGAACCUAAGUUUGAAAAAUCCUUCAUGGUUUUAGUGUUGAGUUAAAUCUCUUUGUGGUUCCACUGGUGAUCAGUUUCCACUCUUCUCCUCCCCAUAGUAUCCAGUGUUUAUGUACUAUUUCAUACACUGCUACUCCAACAGUUUGUUCGAUAAUUAGUUUACACUCGUCUUUUGCGUCCACAUUUAAUUGUGCAGUUCUUCACCAUUCAUCAUCUUCAUUGCUAUUUUUAUUACUUUUUUAUAUAUUAUACAUAAUAUUGAUGUAUUAAUUUAAAUUAAUUAUAUUUUACUGAGGGUGACUAUUCGCUAGUUCGAUUUCAUUUUUUUCCCACCAUAAAUUAGACUUAACAAUGACCAGGACACAUAAACAUGUAGUAUACACUGCACCAUCUUGUAGUAACAAUCCUCCUAUGUUGUUUUUAUUAUUAUUAUUUUUUUUUUUGGUUUCUAUAAUUAUCAUAUUUUAUAGAUAUUACUUAAUUUGAAAUGUUUAUUGAUGUUUGACUACGAAAAAAAAAAAUAACAAAUCAAACUACUUGCUGAGAUAAUGUCAAAAAAAAAAUAAAGAGAAUCAUAAACAUAA